UUGGGCAGGGGGGUGUCAGUGGUGCACACAUCUAGUUCUACUAGUGGGUCUGGGAUGGAGGUAUCCUUUUCUUAUUUUAGGAUUUAAUAGACAGUGAUUCGUAUAGAGUCUUCCUCAAAGCUCCAGUUUCGUUCCACGUUCAUUCUCUCUCUUUCGGGGUGCCAACCAUUGGGCAAUGAUCUCCGUUAUGGGUCGGAGACGUCUGACUCGACGGUUUGCCCUUCUAAGGGUACCCAUGGUGACACUCGUUAUCGGGUAGGCAGCGCGUAUGGGCUACGUCUGUGGAUAUCGUUGACUGAGGCUAUCAGGAGGGGGACACUAACACGACUGACAUGCCCGGGGUGGACAUGGGUGGUGGUUAGUGGUCACGUUCCCCCCCUUCCACUCCCAGCGUUUUUGAUGUCAGGGCUUGACCGAAAGCAUCAUCCGUUCUCGCAUUCAUGACGCUCAGACUACGUUCUCAUCCAUUCUUCUGUUAUAAUGGAACUUUUAAAAAGGGACGAAAAGGCAUAUCAGACCCAUGAGUCUUACAGCUACUCUUCUCACUCGAAGAACACCCAUCGUUGCACGAGCUACUACUUCACAUUUACGAGCACGUCUUUCAUACCCUCCAACACCUACGUUUCCAUUACGAACUAUGGCCAGCCAAACCACCGGAAUGCUGAACAUCGCCAGCGAGAUCAAACUCGACCACGAUAACGUUCGUGACUUGUUCGAGAGAUUCAAAGCUGCGACGACCAAGGACGAGAAGGGCAUCAUUGCCAAUACCCUGAUUCGCGAGAUGGCAGUCCACAGCGAUGCCGAGGAAGUCACCCUUUAUAACCACUUUGAAAAGUUUGGGAUGGGCGAUACCGCCCAUCAUAACAAAGAGGAACACGCAGAAGUGAAAAAACUCGUCUACGAAGCUGACAGCGCGUCCCUCGACGACCCUAAUUACGACCAGACUAUGUCUAAAGCCGUUUCCAAUUUCCUCAAACAUGCUGAAGAAGAAGAAACCAGCCAGCUUCCUUUGAUGACGUCCAAACUUACCCCGGAUCAGAGUAACGACAUCGCAAGAGAGUUUAUUAAAGCCCGUGGAAUGGUUCCCUCCCGUCCGCACCCUGCAGCGCCGCAGACAGGUGGCGUCGUUCAAAAGGCUGCCGGGAUGCAGGGGAAGGUCCAUGAUAAGAUCAUUGAGACUAUGGGGAGGAGGAAGUUUAAGUUUACGGAUGUCAAGUAUGCGCAUCCUGCGCUUUAAGAGAGGUGUGGGACUUAUUGCAGACCAUCAAAUGUACUACUACUGCUAUCUGCGAUUCUAAUCUACAGUCUUAAGAAUUUUUGACAAAAGCUCGAGGUUGAC